AUGAUGCGCUACGUGCUGUGUAUCCUCGCUCUCCUGCUCUCAUGUGCGUGUGUGCACGUCCUCGCUGAAGAAGUGCCUGCCGCCGAUCUUUCCGACCAAGUCCCUGAUACGGAGAGUGAGACAAAGAUUCUUCUUCAGGCUGAUCUUCAGACGCCUGGUGCUAGUGGUCCUGGUGAGAGUCCUCAUAUAGAGAAAGAAUUGUUGAAAGAUACUGAGGAAGGUAAACACUGUGAUGCAACACUUGGUGAAGAAGCAAAGAAGAAACUCUGCCAAACACCAGCCGCGGCGGUGACACCUACAGUAGUUCAAAGUGUACAGGAAGAACAAACUAACAGCCGUACACAUCUGCCAACCAAUCCAGAACAACAGGGAGGUGUUCAUGGUAGCCCUGAUGUUUCCACGGCAGAACAGAUCAGAGAAGAAACUGGAGAAAGGAAAGAAAAUGAACAAGAUGGAAGGCAGCAAGGUGACGAAGAGAACCAAAAACAACCUCCCAUUGAACAAGAAAAAGUUACCAAUGAUAGAAGAGACGAAUCCAGUGGCGCGGUUAAAGAAACAUCAGCCGAAGAUGCAAGGAACGCUAACGCAGAGAAUGAUAAUGCUGGUGCAAACGAUGCUCAGAGCAGCAAUACACAACCUCAAGAUGUUCCAAUCACACAACCUUCUUCUUCUUCUGUAACCCAAUCCACCAAUUCGGACGCAGAGAAUGCCAGUGAAACUGAUGCUGACACUGCAAACGCUGUGAAUGGCACUAAACCUGCUGAGGGUGGGUCACCAAGUAACCAAGAAGGUGAUGUGGGAAAUACAGACACUAACACCACCACAACAACAACAACACUUCCUCCUGAACUCACAAACAACAAGAAGGGUGAUGCAGACAGCAGCAGCAGUAUCAGCAGUUCUGUGUGGGUGCGUGUGCCACUACUGAUUGUGGUUACACUGGCCUGCAUUCUUGUGUGCUGA